UCAUAGGAUUCAGGUGCCAUAUUGAAGUGGAUUCGAGUUAGAAACCAUAUCGCUUUAUUUUGUUAUUCUAAAAUAAUAGUCUUGGUCAUUUCAUUUUAUUCUGGCAUAGGGAGUAAGAAGGCACAGGUUUCAAGAUGCCGAGAAUUAUGAUUAAAGGGGGCGUGUGGCGAAACACUGAGGAUGAAAUCCUUAAGGCGGCGGUUAUGAAAUAUGGAAAAAACCAGUGGUCUCGAAUUGCCUCCCUACUGCACCGAAAGUCCGCUAAACAGUGUAAAGCCAGAUGGUAUGAGUGGUUGGACCCCAGCAUUAAGAAGACAGAAUGGUCUCGGGAGGAGGAAGAGAAGCUGCUCCAUCUGGCCAAGCUGAUGCCCACACAGUGGAGGACCAUCGCCCCCAUCAUCGGCAGAACUGCCGCACAGUGCCUGGAGCACUAUGAGUUCCUGCUAGACAAAGCUGCUCAGAGAGACAAUGAAGAGGACACAGCGGAUGACCCUCGCAAACUCAAACCGGGAGAGAUUGACCCCAACCCUGAGACCAAGCCCGCCCGGCCAGACCCUGUGGACAUGGACGAAGAUGAGCUGGAGAUGCUGUCAGAGGCCAGGGCUCGUCUGGCCAACACUCAGGGCAAGAAGGCCAAGCGGAAAGCCAGGGAGAAGCAGCUGGAAGAAGCCAGGCGCCUGGCCGCCCUGCAGAAGCGGCGUGAGCUGAGGGCCGCCGGAAUCGACGUCCAGAAGAAGAGGAAGAAGAAACGAGGUGUGGACUACAACGCAGAGAUCCCCUUCGAGAAGAAGCCCGCACAGGGAUUCUACGACACAUCCAUGGAGAACUACCAGUCCCUGGAGCCCAACUUCAAACGCCUGCGUCAGCAGCACCUUGACGGAGAGCUGAGGAACGAAAAGGAGGAGAGGGAGCGGAAGAAGGAUCGGCAGAAGAUGAAGAAGAGGAAGGAGUCUGACCUUCCCUCAGCCAUCCUACAGACCAGCGGAGUGUCCGAGUUCACCAAGAAGAGGAGCAAGCUGGUCCUCCCUGCCCCACAGAUCUCAGACGCUGAGCUGGAGGAGGUGGUGAAGCUGGGCCAGGCCAGCGAGGUCGCUCGUCAGACCGCUGAGGAGUCUGGGAUCACCAACUCCGCCUCCAGCGCCCUGCUGUCCGAGUACAACGUCACCAACAGCAGCAUGGCCCUGCGCACCCCCAAAACCCCUGCUGCCCAGGACAAGAUUCUACAGGAAGCCCAGAAUUUGAUGGCUCUGACCAACGUGGACACGCCUCUGAAAGGUGGUCUGAACACACCUCUCCACGAGAGCGACUUCUCCGGGGUCACCCCUCAAAGACAGGUGGUGCAGACCCCCAACACGGUGCUGGCUACGCCCUUCAGGACCCCGAGUCACGGAGCAGAGGGCCUGACCCCCCAGGGCGGACUGACCCCUAAGCCCCCAGUGGGCGUGACCCCCAGCCGGACCCCCCUGAGGGACAAACUCAACAUCAACGCCGAGGAGGGGAUGGUGGACUACUCCGACCCCGCCUUCGCCAAACACCUGCAAAGGGAGUCGCGCGAGCAGCUGAAGAUGGGCCUCAUGGGGCUGCCCCUGCCCAAGAACGACUUUGAGAUCGUGCUGCCGGAGAACGCCGAGAGGGAGCUGGAGGAGCGCGAGAUGGACGAGAGCUUCGUGGAGGACGCCUCUGAAAUAGAGCUGCGCAAACAGGUUGCCAGAGAUGCGGAGCGUGAGAAGGAGCUGAAACAGAGACACGUGGCGGUGCAGAGGGCUUUGCCCCGCCCCUCAGAGGUGAACGAGACCAUCCUGAGGCCGCAGAACGUGGAGCCUCCGCUGACGGACCUGCAGCAGGCGGAGGAGCUGAUCAAGAGGGAGAUGAUCACCAUGAUCCACCACGACAGCCUGCACCACCCUUACAGCGAGCCCCUCAGCAAGAAGACCAAGGGCCCCGGCUCCAGCUCCAACAACGCUGAGCACAUCGCCUACCUGGACAAGAUACCCUACACCAAGGUGACCGAGGACGACCUGAGGAAGGCGGAUGAGCUGCUGGUGCAGGAGAUGGAGGUGGUGAAGCACGGCAUGGGCCACGGGGACCUGUCCAUGGAGGCCUACAGCCAGGUGUGGGAGGAGUGCUACAGCCAGGUGCUGUACCUGCCCGGGCAGAGCCGCUACACCCGAGCCAACCUGGCCAGCAAGAAGGACCGCAUCGAGUCUCUGGAGAAGAAGCUGGAGGUGAACCGCGGCCACAUGACGGCGGAGGCCAAGCGCGCGGCGAAGAUGGAGAAGAAGAUGAAGGUGCUGCUGGGGGGCUACCAGUCGCGGGCCAUGGGCCUGGUGAAGCAGCUGGGCGACCUCUGGGACCAGGUGGAGCAGGCGCAGGUGGAGCUCCGCACCUUCCAGGAGCUGAAGAAGCAGGAGGACACCGCCAUCCCGCGGCGCCAAGAGGCCCUCAGGGAAGAUGUACAGAGACAGCAGGAGAGAGAGAAGGAGCUGCAGCAGAGGUUUGCAGACCUCCUGCUGGAUAAAGAGACCAUGCUGUCCUCCAAGGCCUAAAUCCAUCCCCCCGCCCCCUUUACUGUGACAUCACUGCAGUUUGCUCCGCCCCCCAACCCAAAGGCCUGCCCCCUCACCCCUGCCUCUGCAAUGACAUCCCUGCAGUCUGUGUGCCGGCUGUAAUAAAUUGCUCUCAAUCUGUUAGUUGUAGCUCCUGCUUCUAAUGGACCCGUCGCUCAAUAGGCCUUCAAGUUAGAACCGUAACAUAGAACCAGUCCAGUUCACAUGGUAGCGUAGGCUGUUGACUGCAUCAUUAAAAAUGCAUACCAGUGUUUUCAUGGCUCUCUGUGGAUGACAUGGCUUAUAAUAAUGUGCUGUCGUUUUACACAUCCGUACUGACCGUAAUAAACAGUUUAACGCCUCUUUUUUUUAAUUAUGGAAAGGGAUUUUGUGCUGAUGCAUGGUUCUUCCCGCCAUUCUAGCAAGCGCAUCUGUGCUAUUCUCAGAAGCGGACUCUCUUCCAUGAGUAAGCGUUUCUUUCACAGAAAGCAGUGUGUGAAAUGACUCGGUCCCCACUGUCUGCACAGCUUGGUAAAAACUUUUUAAAUGCUCAUAUUUUGUGCCCUCUGUGUGGGUUUCCUGGACCGCUGGGCAAAUGUGAACGUGUAAACGGGGCUGUCCCUUCCGUUGAAUUUUUUUUUUCUUACGCUCUCAAGUCUGUUAUGUGUUGUACUGACUGAGGAGAGAUUACACCGUCUCUCUAUGGGAUGAAUAAAAUUCACUGUUGUUUUCA